AUGGCAGACAGGGCGGUGCGAACCCACACAAAUCCGUCAAAUCGCGCCAAUGCACGGGACCAGGCGGAGCGGAAAGUGAUCUUCCGCAGUGUCUUGGAUAAUCCUUUCAGGGUACCUUGGCCGUCAGUGCCUAUCAACGUACAAAAUUCUAUCUUAGCCCGUGUGGCAGAUAUGGCCGUAGGUGUAUCCGAAUACCACCUUGCCCGUGAGAAAGCCAGUCGUAGGAGAAAGCGUACACGGGAGAGCCCCAAUGCCCCAGCGCGCAAGAUGCAGCGUCUAUCGUCACCGGGAACAUCGACGGAGAACGUCCGCCUCGCCGGGAUCGUUGAAGCCAUGCAGACUCAUCAUUCUCCAACCCCGAUGUCAGCUUCUCAGGCACCCGAAGACACAACAGAGGGCGAAUCUAACGGCACUCCAGGGCCCCCCAUUCUGCAGCAUCUGACAUUCGGCGUCAAUGAAGUCACAAAAUUACUAGAGAAAAGAGCGCAGUCGUAUCGUCACGUCGUGACCGUUGCGAACUCGACUCCAAAAUCAUCACCGCAGGCGGAGCAAUGCGCGUGCAUUAUUUUGGUUUGUCGAGGCGAUGUUGAUCCACCCAUGCUACUUCAGCAUUUUCCCCAAUUGGUCGCGGCCUGUAACUCCCGCCGUCCGACGACCUCGGAGGAGAUAGUCUGGUUGAUAGCACUGCCCAAGGGCGCGGAGUCAACCCUGGCAGAUGCAAUGGGCCUGAGAAGAGUUUCGGUGUUAGCCAUAGCGGGUUCUGCACCUGAUUUUGUGACGCUCUUACGCUUGGUGGAGAAGGUGUCAGUACCUCGUGCACCCUGGUUGACUCAAGUCGAACAAGCCAUUGAACCGACGCAUAUCAAACAAUUACGAACUACUGCACCUAAAGAUAUGAAAUCCGCCAAGGAACAGAGAGCGAAGAGAACAAGAUCAGCUGGAAAGUCCACUGUUUCCGACUAUUUGAUCAAGACAAAAGGAUUUUUGCCUGUACGACUCUACACGGAAAAUGAAGAAUCUGAACAUGCGAGUAUGCUGGUUUCUCCGAUGGAUGCCAGCCCAACAUCGAGUGCAGAGUCUGACGAUCUAUUCAUGGACGAGCCCACACCAAAUCCAAUUGACCACAGACUGUCCUUCCUGAGUAUGGCUUCCCCACCGCCUUCAGCGUUACCCUCUCCUGCUCCCGGUACACACUUUGGGAGACUACAGCCACUUUGGUUUGCUUCGCCCUCUCAGCUCCUUCAACAUGUCACUAGGAACUGGCGCACAAAUUUUGUGACUGCUGACUUGGCCACCAGACGGCUUCUUGAGCCAUUCAUCACACGUCCAUUUUUCAUGAUUAUCAGUGUUGAUGCACCUCUAAUGACGCGAUUCAAGCGAGAGAAUCAGUAA